AUGCUCAGGAAGGCGGGGAAGGUGCUGAGGUAUGGUGUGUCGGGAUUCUUGCGUUUCGCGUCCGAUCUAGCGGCUUUCGAUCCAGACAAGCGCAUAAUCCCGAGCGCCGGCCUGCGAGAAGCGCUAGAUCACAUCGGCGCCCGCGGCGACGAGCUCGACAGCGCCUACGCUGCUUUCCUCCGGAAAUGUGGUGAAUCCGGGGCGGCGGCGGAUGCGAAGCUCAUCCACGAGCACGCGAUCGCCAGCGGCCGUGACAGGGGGACGUUUUUUGGGAAUGUCUUGGUCCAGAUCUAUGGGAGGUGUGGGGAUUUGGCCGCGGCGCAGGCAGCGUUUGCGAGAAUCUGGCACAAGAAUGUCUACUCGUGGAACAUCGCCAUCGCGGCAUUUGCCAACAACGGGCAUUUCGAGGACGCGGUGGCAAUGUUCUAUGAGAUGGAUGCGCAGCCAAACAGGGUCACAUUCCUCGCAGUUCUUGGGGCGUGCUCCAAUCUGCGAGACCUGGAAGAGGCCAAGAGGAUCCACUCGCACGUCACGCAUCAUCGCCAAAACGCCGUGGAUGAGGAUGUGGUACUUUGCAAUGCUCUCAUCCACACGUAUGGGAAGUGUGGGAGCGCCGAGGAUGGCAAGGCGGUGUUUGACAGGAUGUGGAGGAGGGACGUCGUGUCUUGGACAUCGAUGAUCGGCUGCUACGCUCAAGACGAGCGGUAUGGAGCUCAAGCGCUAGAGCUCUUCCACAGGAUGGACGUGAGGCCGACAGAGAUAACUUUCGUGAGCGCGCUGGAUGCGUGCUCUUCGCUGGGGGAUAUCGAAGAAGGAAGGAGGAUUCACGCUGGGAUCAUAGCUGCCGGGUUCCAGUCACAGGUUUUCGCUGGAAAAACUCUGGGGAACGCGCUGGUUAAUAUGUAUGGGAAGUGUGGGAGCCUGGAGGAUGCUCGAGCGGUGUUUGAUAGAAUGGAGCACAGGGACUUGGCUGGAUGGAAUGCCAUGGUUGGAGCUUACGCUCAGCAUGGAUAUGGAGGUGGAGCUGUUCAUACAUUCCAUCUCAUGGACCUGGAUGGAGUGAAGGCCAACAACAUCACUUUUACGUCGCUCCUGACCGGUUGUUCGGGAAAAGAGAUGCUUUCGGUGGGAUCCGAGCUCCAGGAUCGUGUGCUAGCUUGCGGCACCGAGGCAGACAUCAUAUUGCAAAACACUUUCAUCACUGCGUAUAGCAAGUGUGGAAGUUUGGAGGCUGCCCGGCGAGCCUUCGACACAAUGCCAAGAAGAAACACCCCGUCUUGGAACGCCAUCAUCGGGGCGUGCGUCCAGCACGGGCAAAUGGACGGGGCUCUCCGCUACUUCCAUCGCAUGGACGUGCAGCAGGACGAGGUAACUUUCAUCAAUGCUCUUGGAGCUUGCUGUGACGCUGAAUAUCUGGCAGAGGGAGCAGCCAUUCACGGGCGAGUCCUUACCGGGGGAUUCGAGCAGGACCCGGUCGUGGGCUCGGCUCUCGUCAACAUGUACAGCAAAUGCGGUAGCCUGGAGAGCGCAAGGUCCGUCUUUGAUCGACUCACCUGGAAGACGGUCGUCUCGUGGACAGCGAUGAUAGAGGCAUACGUGCAGCUUGGCCACGGAAGUGAGGCUUUGAAGCUGUUCCAGCGGAUGGAGGUAGAGGGCUGCAAGGCCAACGACAUAACCUUCAUCAGCGUCCUCGGAGCCUGCACUGCCGCUGGAAACUUCUUGCAGGGGAAGGCAAUCCAAUCGCGAGUUGUGGCUUCCGACGUGAUACUGGUGGCACUCGUCAAUCUCUACGGAAAGUGUGGGAAGUUUGGAGCAGCUCGGGAGCUGUUUGACAGGAUGAAGCUCAAGCCCGUGGUUGCAUGGAACGCGAUGCUCUCGGCCUACUCUCAGCAGGGACAGGGGGUGGAGACACUGUCACUGUUCCAUAGCAUGAUCCUGGAUGGCGUUGAACCGAACAGCGUCACUUUUAUGAGCCUCUUCCCCGGAUGCAGUCACGAGGGGCUCGUGGACAGAUCCUGGGACUACUUCCGGUCCAUGAGCUUCGACCACGGAGUCACGCCAACACCGGAGGUUUACGGGGCGAUGGUCGAUCUUCUGGCACGCCAAGGCGACCUGGACGAUUCAGAGGACUUGAUCAACAGCAUGCCAUUUCAUGCCGAUGUCGUGGCAUGGACAGCACUUCUCGGCGCCUGUAAGACUUUUUUCGACGCCGAGCGUGGAGUCCGAGUUGCAACUAGUGCCAUGGAGCUGGAUCAAGUGGUGCCCGCCCCGUACUCGCUUCUCACAAGUAUCUUCUCCGGCGACGCGGACGAGUGAGAGCCAGUGGUGGAAAGUCGAGGCAAGCCUAAGAUCUUUCAGUACUGUGCUGAUAACUUUGUCGGCUAUCUACAGGAAAAUACUUCGUCAGCACAGUACUUAGUCGGCCUUACGUCUAAUCGUUAAGUCUUUCCAGUUGAUAAAGUGUUUCCGGUACCACGGACUGGAAGUGGCUGGAAGCUUCAUUUGGGGUAUGUGUCAACAGCGCCUAUUCAAUCUUUCCUGGACCCGCCUUUGCAAUAACACGUUGAGUGCCGGUCGGGCGUUGCUUUCGUGGAUCCUGAGAUGAACGGUGGGACACGCCACAGUACGAAAUGAAGGAUAACUUCUUUAUGGUCGGCCUCUGCUCGAGUACGUAAAAUUACAAACACAUUUUCUUCAUCUUGCUCACGGUUUUCUUUCUGUUUUUAUUCGUGCUUAGGAAAUCCAUCUCGCUCGUGACUCUUCGAUUGCAUUUCUACAAACAACUUUUGUUUGUACUUCAUGGUAGUACUUUGUCUUCCCCCUGUAAUGCAUGAUCUACUGACACCCCCUCACCUUUUA